AAACACCGGGGACGCUGCAGCAGCUCCCAGGGGGCUGACAAUCUGGCCAGAGAAGGAACAGAAUCAUAUGCCUAUCAGGACCCCUGUCCCCUCUAGGAACCAUGAACCGGAAAGACAGCAAAAGGAAGUCUCAUCAGGAAUGCUCUGGGAAGGCAGGUGGGCGGGGUCGGCCACGACAGGCCCGCCGCCACAAGACGUGCCCCACCCCCCGGGAAAUCAUCAAGGUUAUGGCUUCCAUGAAUCUGGGGGUGCUGAGCGAAGGCAGCUGCAGCGAAGAUGAGCUACUGGAGAAAUGUAUCCAAUGCUUCGACUCUACUGGCAGCCUGCGCCGCGGGGACCACAUUCUCAAGAUGGUGCUUACGAUGCACAGCUGGGUGCUGCCAUCCUCAGACUUCGCAACUCGGCUACUGACCUCAUAUCCUCCCAGAACGGCUGCCAAAGAUGCUCAGGAGCUAAGACAGCUACAGAUUUGUUACCUGGUCAGGUACUGGCUGACCCAUGACCCUGAGGCGGUGCGCCAGGAGCCCCAUCUAGAAGAAGUCAUAGAUCGGUUUUGGGUCACAGUAGCUCAGGAAGGCAACUUGACCCAAAGAAGUCUAGGAGAUGCCUCCAACCUACUAAGUCCCAGAGGGCCCGGCCCCCCACCUCCCAUGAGCAGCCCAGGCCUGGGCAAGAAGCGCAAAGUGUCCUUGCUGUUUGAUCACUUGGAGACAGAGGAGCUGGCUCAACACCUCACUUACCUCGAGUUCAGGGCCUUCCAGGCCAUCACACCCCAAGACCUGCGGGGCUAUGUUUUGCAGGGCUCAGUGAGGGGUUGUCCCGCUCUGGAAGGUUCUGUGGGUCUGAGCAACAGUGUGUCCCGCUGGGUACAGGUCAUGGUAUUGAGCCGUCCCGGGGCUGCACAACGGGCCCAGGUACUGGACAAAUUCAUUCAUGUGGCACAGAGGCUUCACCAGCUACAGAAUUUCAACACACUGAUGGCAGUCACGGGUGGCCUGUGUCAUAGUUCCAUCUCCAGGCUGAAGGACUCCCACACCCACCUGAGCCCCGAUAGCACUAAGGCCCUGCUGGAGCUGACAGAACUCCUCGCCUCCCAAAACAACUAUGCCUGCUACCGCCGCACCUGGGCCAGCUGUACUGGCUUCCGGCUGCCCAUACUGGGUGUACACCUUAAGGACCUGGUGUCCCUGUAUGAGGCCCAUCCAGACAGGUUGCCGGAUGGUCACCUGUACCUCCCCAAGCUGAACAGCCUCUACCUACGGCUGCAGGAGCUGGCGACACUCCAGGGACAGCAUCCCCCCUGCAGUGCCAAUGAGGACCUGCUGCACCUGCUGACGCUCUCCCUGGAUCUCUUCUAUACCGAAGAUGAGAUCUACGAGCUUUCUUAUGCCCGGGAACCACGCUGUCCCAAGAGUCUGCCACCCUCCCCCUACAAAGCCCCUCUGGUGGCGGAGUGGGCCCAUGGUGUGACCCCAAAGCCAGACAGCGUGACCCUGGGUCAGCAUGUGGAACAACUAGUGACGUCCGUAUUCAAGAACUAUGACCCAGAAGGCCAGGGCACUAUCUCUCUGGAGGACUUUGAGCGACUGUCAGGCAACUUCCCCUUUGCCUGUCAUGGGCUUCACCCACCUCCCCGCCACGGGAGUGGCUCCUUCAGCAGAGAGGAGCUGACGGAAUACUUGCUCCGCGCCAGCGCCAUCUGCUCCAAGCUGGGCCUGGCCUUCCUGCACAGCUUCCAUGAAGUCACCUUCCGCAAGCCCACCUUCUGUCACAGCUGCAGCGGCUUCCUCUGGGGUGUCACCAAGCAAGGUUAUCGCUGUCGGGACUGUGGGCUGUGUUGUCACCGACACUGCAAGGACCAAGUGAGAGUGGAGUGCAAGAAGAGGCCAGAGACGAAGGGCGAGCCUGGUCCCCCAGGGGCGCCUGUGCCAGCCGCACCUCCUCCUGCCAGCUGUGGCUCUGAGGAAAAUCUCUCCUACACACUAUCCCUGGAUGCUGAGUCUGGUUGCCACCUCCGCCACGCUUGGACCCAGACGGAGUCCUCACACUCUUCCCAGGAGGCGGAGACGAGGCCCUUUCCAGCACCGGUUUCACCGCCCAAAGCUUCCUCGAAGCCCAGUGCCUGAACAGCAUCUGGAGUCUUUUCCCCUAGAAAAGGUUCUUCUGCACUGCACUGACGGCCAGCCGUAUUCCCUCCUGCCUCACUUAGCACCUGCAGCUCUGUGUUGGAUGGAUUUGGACUCUUGUCACAUCAUCUCCCCAGCUCCCCACUUCCCAGAUAAGGAGACUAAAGCUUCAAGCUCCAAGUGAAGCUGUGAACCAGUGGACCAUACUGACUGCUGGCACAGGUCUGGAGGUUGUGAGAACGGGGGGACAGAGUCCUAACCAAUGUCAGGACAGAGGCCAGUGUGGGCAGUGUGUGUGAAAUGUCUCCCCUGCUCGGAGCCUCCUGCAGCUUGUUCAAGGUGAAACCUAGUCUUAGGUUUACAAAGCUCAGAAAGAUCUGUCCCCAGCACCUGUCUUCCCUGUCCACAUCUCCCCUCCUUGCUCAUCCUCUCCCACCUACGAUGGCUUCCAUGUUCCUAGGACAUGCCCCAAAGUACUUACCUCGGGCUUUGCACUAGCCAUCCCCUUUUCUGGAAUGCUCGUUGUCAGAGGUCUGCAUGGCUCACCUGCUCCAGAGCUUUACUCAGGUGACCACAGCGAUGUCACACACAUGCAGUCUGACCCUCCCCUGCUGCUUUCUCUGUCUCCAUGGUGCUUUGGUCCUCUAAUGAACUAGACAUUUCACCUGU